CCGAUUCACCUCCCGAUGACGCGAUUGGACGGCCAGAGGCCGACCCGGAAGUGUUGCCAUGGCGGCGGCGCCCCCCUUUAGUGGCCUGGUCUCCGUGUUGGAAACCUAUCGGGGCAGAGACCGAGUGAUACGCACCAUCUGUUAUGGCUGCCAGCUGGCUGGAGGGAUUUUGGUGGCCAGAAGACAACCUGGAGAACCAUCCCUUGGCCAAGGCCUUCUGGCUGUCUCAGCACAACUGAGUCAUUGUCGAACAGUUCUACGCCUUUUUGAUGAUCUAGCCAUGCUUUCCUAUAGCUGCCAGUAUGGACUGGGGAACAAGGAGAAGGAUACAGCAGUGCGCUGGCUUUCCAUCUUCAACAAUGUAGCUGACCAGCUUUAUUACCCCUGUGAGCAUGUGGCCUGGGCUGCUGAUGCUGAAAUUAUCCAUGCCAACUCAAGUAGGUGGUGGACACUCAGUACAACUCUCUGGGGCUUUUCUCUGCUGCUGGGGAUUGCACGAUCUCUCCGAAUUUUAUUACGCCUAAGAAGAAAGCAGCAUACAGAAUCCAGAGACUUCUCUCAGAAAACAAGGGCUGAAAUGCACAUACAAACCUUGACCAUCAUCAAGAACCUGGCUGACCUUGCCAAUGCCAUCCACUGGUUGCCUCCAGGAAUUCUCUGGGCUGGAAAGUUUUCUCCAUGGUUUGUGGGCCUCAUGGGAAGUAUUUCUUCCUUCAUUGGGAUCUAUCAAAACUAUGCAGGAGGCAGUUGUGGAACAGUUUGAACAGCAACUCCACAGUGCUGAAUUGAAUGAAAAGGGGCUACCACAGGAAUUCAUAAACGGUUACAUAAUCUCUGUUAAAAUGGAGAGAGUAAUUCCUAUUAUGGUGGAGGCUAGAUUGGUAUUGGGUUCUUCUACUAUGCAUAUGCACCAAGACAAAUUCCUUGUAUCCAAUCACACUUGGCGUAUAAAAAAUGUAUUCUAUUCUAUUCUAUUCUAUUCUAUUCUAUUCUAUUCUAUUCUAUUCUAUUCUAUUCUAAACAUGGUGCUGCUUUUAUAUAAAACCAUAGGCAGUUUCCUGGAGGAUCUAUUUGGGAGAGUUUAUAGAGCAGGGGUCUCCAACCUUGGUAACUUUAAGACUUGUGGACUUGUGGAGCAAAGCAAAGCAAAGCAAAGCAAAGCUGGCUGAGGAAUUCUGGGAGUUAAAGCCACAAGUCUUAAAGUUGUCAAGGUUGGAGACCCUAUUAAAGAGUUUAGUUUGCCUACUUCACUCUGUGUAUAGGUAGUCCUUGACUUGCAACCACAUUGGAGCCUUGGAAUUUCAGUCAUAAAUCAUUGCAAUCGUAAGUCAAAGCACCACAUGACUAGACUUGAUUUUGCAAUUGUUUUUACAAUGGUCGUAAAGUGAGUCACUGUGAUUGUUAAAUGAAUUACAUGGUUGUUAAGCAAAUCUGGUUGUUAAGCAAAUUUAGAAGCAUUUCUUCUAAAUGGGCAUAUAUUUUUUUUGCUGGAAACUGGCAAGAAAACCCAGAAACUGGUGAAAAUAUCACAAUUGUGGUCACAUGGCGCUACAAUCGGUUGGAAAUGCAAACCAAUUGCCUUGUGCCCAAAAUGUGAUCACGUGACCGCGGGGAGGGGGGUAGCAGUCAACUUCAAGGACCAAUAUGUAGCUUUUUAACUGCUGUAAUUUCAACCGGUUGUUAACUACCUUAAGGGACAAGUGGCUGCCCUGCCUAAAUAAUUUGGCUAUGGUUUUUUUAUGUGAAGAAUACAGUCUUGAUCUAUGUGCUGUAUUUUAAUGUGAAACAAUUACAGCUGAUAAUAAAAGAUACAAUCUCAUACUU